AUCAUAUCAUAUCAUACAAAAAUGUUGGCUAUAUUUCACAAAGCGUUUGCUCAUCCGCCGGAAGAGCUGCGCAGCCCCGCCUCCGACAAGAAGGCGGCGCAGCUGCCGCAAGACACUCUCCGAACCUUCCUCACUUCACAUCCCAACAACGCCUUCUCCAUGAGCUUUGCCGAUGCUGCUGUCCUCGCUUACGUCACACCCCUUAACCAUUCCUUGCUUCAUCAAAAUCAAAGGUUGUUUUGUGGAUACGACGACGUAUACUGCCUUUUCAUGGGGAGUUUGAACAAUUUAUGUGCACAAAUAAAGCAAUAUGGAUUGUCGAGAAACAGCAACGAAGCUAUGGUUGUGAUCGAGGCGUACAAGACGCUACGCGACCGAGGUCCCUAUCCGGCCGAUCAAGUCAUCAAGGAUCUCGAUGGCACCUUCGCCUUCGUUCUUUACGACAGCAAAGUUGGAACUGUUUUUACUGCCCUGGGAUCCAACGGUGGAGUAAAACUAUAUUGGGGUAUCGCCGCAGAUGGAUCGGUGGUGAUUUCCGAUGAUUUAGAUGUGAUUAAAGCCGGUUGCGCAAAAUCAUUUGCCCCAUUCCCCACAGGAUGCAUAUUUCAUAGUGAAGCGGGGCUGAUGAGCUUCGAGCAUCCGAUGCAUAAGCUGAGGGCGAUGCCGAGGGUCGACAGCGAAGGCGCGAUUUGUGGGGCUAAUUUCAAAGUCGACUUGUACUCGAGGGUCAAUAGCAUUCCUCGUGUGGGAAGUGAGACCAAUUGGGUCGACUGGGCAUCUCACCAGUCUUGAAAUUACUAUCAUCCAUAAAUAUGUUUUAAAUAAAUCAGAGAUGUUAGAUUGGAAUGUUGAUUUUGUGUUUAUUGAAUUAAUUAGAGGUAAAGUGAAUCGUUCAUUUUA